UCAGAUAAUUUUCCAUGAAACAAAUACUUUAUUAAAAUCUAAGUUUAGUUUAGAGAUCAAUGUAGAGGCAAUUAAGCAUUCCUCUUGUAGGGAGUAUAUAUACAAGUAUGGGCCUUAGAUCUCAAAAAUAUAAGAUAGUUAUAUAAGAGAUGUAUGUUAUCCUUGGCAUUUUUUUUUCUCAUCCAGCAUAAAAAGUACUUAAUGCUUUUUGUGUUUUUCAGAUUCUCUGAAGUUACACCCAUCACAGAAUUUUCAUAGAGUUGGACUAUUGGAAGAAUCUGUCUAUGAUCUUCUCCCAAAGGAGUUACAGUUACCUCCAUCUAGUGAAACAUCUGUAGCAUCAAUGAGUCAGACAAGUGGUGGUGAGGCAGGCUCGCCUCCUCCAGCUGUAGUUGCUGCUGGAUUUGCCUCUGAAGCAGGGAGUGUCUGCAUUAAAAAUGACCUGUAGUUCUCUGCUUCAUAGAUGCUUCUUCAGCUCCCUCCUCUUCCUCCAUGGGCGGUGCUUGCAGCUCCUUUACCACCUCUUCCAGCCCUACCAUUUAUUCUACCUCAGUCACCGACAGCAAGGCUAUGCAAGUGGAGAGCUGCUCCUCAGCCGUGGGGGUAAGUAACAGAGGGGUAAGUGAAAAGCAGUUAACCAGUAACACAGUUCAGCAGCAUCCAUCAACCCCGAAGAGGCACACAGUUUUGUACAUCUCACCACCACCCGAGGACUUGCUGGAUAACAGUCGGAUGUCCUGCCAGGAUGAGGGGUGUGGAUUGGAAUCUGAGCAGAGCUGCAGUAUGUGGAUGGAGGAUUCCCCCUCCAACUUCAGUAACAUGAGCACCAGUUCCUACAAUGAUAACACUGAGGUACCUCGUAAAUCACGAAAACGAAAUCCAAAGCAGAGGCCGGGGGUCAAACGACGAGAUUGUGAAGAAUCUAAUAUGGAUAUAUUUGAUGCCGACAGUGCCAAAGCACCUCACUAUGUGCUUUCUCAGCUUACCACGGACAACAAAGGCAACUCAAAAGCUGGAAAUGGAACAUUGGACAACCAAAAAGGAACUGGAGUAAAGAAGAGCCCUAUGUUGUGUGGACAGUAUCCAGUUAAAAGUGAGGGAAAGGAGCUGAAGAUAGUUGUGCAGCCUGAGACCCAGCACCGAGCUCGGUACCUGACUGAGGGAAGUCGUGGCUCAGUAAAAGAUAGAACACAGCAAGGCUUUCCUACAGUAAAGCUGGAAGGCCAUAAUGAACCAGUAGUGUUGCAGGUGUUUGUGGGCAAUGACUCUGGCCGAGUGAAACCACAUGGAUUUUAUCAGGCCUGCAGAGUAACUGGACGAAAUACAACUCCCUGCAAAGAAGUGGACAUUGAAGGCACCACUGUUAUAGAAGUUGGCCUUGAUCCUAGCAACAACAUGACACUUGCUGUGGACUGUGUAGGAAUUUUGAAGUUGAGGAAUGCUGAUGUUGAAGCCAGAAUAGGAAUUGCUGGUUCCAAGAAAAAAAGCACUCGUGCCAGAUUGGUUUUUCGAGUUAAUAUCACAAGGAAAGAUGGCUCUACUUUGACAUUGCAAACACCCUCUUCUCCGAUUUUGUGUACUCAACCAGCAGGAGUGCCAGAGAUCUUAAAAAAAAGCUUACAUAGCUGUUCAGUGAAAGGAGAGGAAGAAGUGUUUUUAAUUGGCAAGAACUUUCUGAAAGGAACUAAAGUUAUUUUCCAAGAAAAUGUUUCUGAUGAAAACUCUUGGAAAUCAGAAGCUGAAAUCGACAUGGAAUUGUUUCAUCAGAACCAUCUUAUUGUGAAGGUUCCCCCAUAUCAUGACCAACAUAUAACUUUGCCUGUAUCGGUGGGGAUAUAUGUAGUGACCAAUGCUGGAAGAUCCCAUGAUGUUCAGCCAUUCACCUACACUCCAGAUCCAGCAGCUGGUGCUUUGAAUGUAAAUGUGAAGAAAGAAAUAUCUAGUCCAGCAAGACCUUGCUCUUUUGAAGAGGCCAUGAAAGCAAUGAAAACUACUGGAUGUAAUUUAGAUAAGGUAAAUAUUCUACCCAAUGCCCUCAUCACUCCACUCAUUUCGAGCAGUAUGAUUAAGAGUGAAGAUGUUACUCCAAUGGAAGUAACUGCAGAAAAAAGAUCUUCCCCUAUUUUUAAGACUACGAAGACAGUUGGAUCAACUCAGCAAACUUUAGAAAACAUCUCUAAUAUAGCAGGAAAUGGGUCCUUUUCAUCACCAUCAUCUUCUCACUUACCCUCUGAAAAUGAAAAGCAGCAGCUUCAACCCAAGGCAUACAACCCAGAGAGCCUGACAACUAUCCAAACACAGGACAUCUCACAGCCUGGGACCUUUCCAGCAGUUUCUGCAACUAGUCAGUUGCCCAGCAGUGAUGCACUACUACAGCAGGCUACGCAAUUUCAAACAAGAGAAACUCAGUCUAGAGAAGUAUUACAGUCAGAUGGUACAGUAGUUAAUUUGUCACAACUCACUGAGGGGUCACAGCAACAGCAGCAGUCACCACUGCAAGAACAAGCACAGACUUUACAGCAGCAGAUUUCAUCAAAUAUUUUUCCAUCACCAAAUAGUGUGAGUCAGCUACAGAAUACUAUUCAGCAGUUGCAAGCAGGAAGUUUUACAGGAAGUACUACUAGUGGCAGCAGUGGAAGUGUUGACUUGGUCCAACAAGUUUUAGAGGCACAACAACAGUUAUCUUCAGUUUUAUUUUCAGCUCCAGAUGGUAAUGAGAAUGUUCAAGAACAACUUAGUGCAGACAUUUUUCAACAAGUCAGUCAAAUUCAAAAUAGUGUAAGCCCUGGCAUGUUUUCCUCAACUGAGUCCGCAGUCCACAGCAGACCAGAUAAUUUAAUACCUGGAAGAGCUGAAAGUGUUCAUCCACAGACUGAAAACACAUUGUCAAAUCAACAACAGCAACAGCAGCAACAACAAGUGAUGGAAUCAUCAGCUGCAAUGGUUAUGGAGAUGCAGCAGAGCAUUUGCCAGGCAGCUGCCCAAAUUCAGUCAGAGUUAUUCCCUUCAACAGCUUCAGCAAAUGGAAACCUUCAACAGUCACCAGUUUACCAGCAGCCUUCUCAUAUGAUGAGUGCACUACCUACCAAUGAGGACAUGCAAAUGCAAUGUGAAUUGUUUUCUUCGCCUCCUGCAGUUUCUGGAAAUGAAACAUCUACAACCACCACACAGCAGGUUGCAACCCCUGGCACUACCAUGUUUCAGACAUCAAGUUCAGGAGAUGGUGAAGAAACUGGAGCACAAACAAAACAGAUUCAGAACAGUGUCUUUCAGACCAUGGUCCAAAUGCAACAUAGCGGGGACAAUCAACCUCAAGUUAACCUUUUUUCAUCAACAAAAAGUAUGAUGAGUGUUCAGAAUAGUAGUACCCAGCAACAAGGUAAUGGUUUAUUCCAGCAAGGGAAUGAGAUGAUGUCACUUCAGUCUGGGAAUUUUCUGCAGCAGUCUUCUCAUUCACAGGCUCAACUUUUUCAUCCUCAGAAUCCUAUUGCUGAUGCUCAAAACCUUUCCCAGGAAACUCAAGGUUCUAUUUUUCAUAGUCCAAAUCCUAUUGUCCACAGUCAAACUUCUACAACUUCCUCUGAACAAAUGCAGUCUCCAAUGUUUCACUCUCAGAGUACCAUCGCUGUGUUACAGGGUUCUUCAGUUGCACAAGACCAGCAGUCACCCAACAUAUUUCUUUCCCAAAGUUCUAUGAAUAAUCUUCAGUCUAACACAGUAUCCCAAGAAGAGCAGAUUUCAUUUUUUGCAGCACAGAACUCAAUUUCUCCACUUCAGUCAACGUCAAACACUGAACAGCAAGCUGCUUUCCAACAGCAGGCUUCAAUAUCACAUAUCCAGACCCCUAUGCUAUCCCAAGAACAGGCACAACCUUCCCAGCAAGGUUUAUUUCAGCCUCAGGUGUCCUUGGGCUCCCUUCCACCUAAUCCAAUGCCUCAAAAUCAACAAGGAGCAAUUUUCCAGUCACAACACUCAAUAGUUGCCAUGCAGAAUAACUCUUCAUCCCAGGAGCAGCAGCAGCAACAGCAGCAGCAGCAGCAACAACAGCAGCAGCAACAGCAGCAGAGCAUUUUAUUCAGUAAUCAGAAUACUAUGGCUACGAUAGCAUCUCAAAAGCAACCACCACCAAACAUGAUAUUCAGCCCAAAUCAAAAUCCAAUGGCUAGUCAAGAGCAACAGAGCCAGUCAAUUUUUCACCAACAAAGUAAUAUGGCCCCAAUGAAUCAAGAACAGCAACCCAUGCAAUUUCAGAAUCAGCCCACAGUUUCCUCACUUCAGAACCCAGGUCCUAAUCAAUCUGAGUCAUCACAGACUUCCUUAUUCCAUAGCUCUCCUCAGAUUCAGUUGGUACAAGGGUCACCUAGUUCUCAAGAGCAGCAAGUAACACUCUUCCUCUCUCCAGCAUCCAUGUCUGCUCUGCAGACCAGUAUAAACCAACAAGAAAUGCAGCAGUCUCCUCUUUAUUCCCCUCAGAACAACAUGCCUGGAAUCCAAGGAGCCACAUCUUCACCUCAGUCACAAGCUACUUUAUUUCACAAUACUGCAGGAGGUACAAUGAACCAACUACAAAAUUCUCCUGGCUCAUCUCAGCAGACUUCAGGAAUGUUCCUGUUUGGCAUUCAGAAUAACUGUAGUCAGCUUUUAACCUCUGGACCAGCUACAUUGCCAGAUCAGUUGAUGGCCAUAAGUCAGCCAGGCCAACCACAAAACGAGGGACAGUCACCUGUGACAACACUUCUUUCUCAGCAAAUGCCAGAGAGUUCUCCGCUGGCAUCUUCUAUGAACACCAACCAGAACAUCGAAAAGAUUGAUUUGCUUGUUUCAUUACAAAACCAAGGGAACAACUUGACUGGCUCCUUUUAACUGGAUAUAAAUUCCAUGAAGAAUACCGUGAUUCCAAGAUGUCCUGCAAACUUGUAGUUUUAUGAAGAUUACUAAAACAAAACAAUAUGAAAAAUUGUACUUGAGUAAAUGGAUAGAUUUUACUCUGACUGCAAAAGAGCACACCUGUGCUACCUGUUGCAGUGAUUAGCCAUCAAUGUUAACAUCUUAUUUUUUAUUCCUGAUAACAAUGAUGACUGAGAAUCUAUUUGAGUUUCCAGCUGACAGAAUUGUUAUUUUCCUAGUUGUAAUUUCUCUUAAAAGAGUACAAUUUAAAUUCAAGACUGGACCACUCAGUUAUUAUUGCUAUUAGGAAAUAAUAAUUGUCAUGUUUACUUUUAUUCUUCAUUAUUUUCUUUCCUGCAUUAUUUUAGUCAAGUAAUGGCUUAUAAAAAAGUAAAAUUCAAUAAUAAUAAAGGCUGUGAUUUUUUUCACUAUGAAAAGCACAGCUGUUGGCCAAAGUGAAGAAAUCUUUUUCAGUUUUUAUGGAGAAACUGAAGGGGUAACAUUCUGACAAGUGAGCUGUAAUAAAAAUUCUACAGACUUGAUUAAAUGCAAAGGCAGAUAACACACAAAAAUGGAGACAGCUGGAAUGCUAUUGAUUUUAUUUUUCAAAGAGUUGUUAGUUCUCUGUGUUUUCACUAAGGGGUUUAGCCAUAACUGUAUAGAAAAAUCAUUAUUUUGCUCUGUGAGAAAUGAAGGGGGUAAUACAUGGUAAAUUAUAUUCUAAUAUCCUCCUACAGUAGUUUAAACUGACAGAGUCAUCUGAGUCUGUUUCUUCUUAAUCUAGUCUUUGGCUGGUAUUUCCUUUUUAUAUGCAUCUGUAUUAUUUUCCACCUCAUUUUUCACUUUAUUUUAGAUAACUGUUAAUACACUACUGGCUUUGUGACCCUGUAGCAACUUAAAGGAAAAGGCCAUUUUGAUUCAGGGUGACCUAGCAAUCCUGCAGCACAGGGCAAGGAGUCCUCUUUUAGGAAUUAUUGGAAGUUGAUUCCUGAGAAAACAAUGUAUUUUUUUUUCCAUGAACGGUGCUGUUCUGAAGUCUUUAAAAUUUUCCUUCUAAUAGAAAACAGAAUAAAUUUUCAUUUACAAAAAAAAAAAGGCAAACUAAAAUUUCUUGAAACGUUACUUCUCCCUGAGCUGCAGUGAGUAUAAUUCACUUGUCACCUCAGUGCUUUAUAGUUUGAAAUGGUCACUUACCUGAUGGUUCCCACAAGCCUUAGGCUUUACAGGGUCAUAUCAUUGACUUAAAAUGAAGAAUUAACUCGUGUUACAUCUAUAAAGAGCAAAAUAACACACUCCAGAACUUGCAGUUGUAGCAUUAGUUACACAGUUUUGGGUGUUCUUGCCACCCAUGGGAUGCCUGCUUCUACCAUCUGUGUCUGGACACGUGCUUAUGUCUCUUCUUCCUUUUGGCUUGUGGAAAGCUGUCAAUGCAGUGUAAGGCCAACGUGUGUGUGGCUUCUGUGUGUUGAUAUCCUUGUCCUUUUCUUUUAAGUGUAAAAAAAAAAAAAUAGCCUGUUAAUUGUUGUUAAAGGCUACUUUUCUGUUCUUUUUCUAUCCUAUAUAUUUAGUUGAACUGUGGAAUCAUGGUGUUUGGUUUUGUUUAUACAGCCAAAUAUAACCCCUUUUCAUGAUGGUCUUCUUUUGUUCUUUGAAUGUGCUCUUCUAAUUUGUUUUUUUCUCUUAUUGUCAUAUAUUCUUUCUUCCACCCCAAACCCUUUCUUUCUUUCUUUCUCUUCUCUCUCUGAUUGAGAGGCAUUGAAUUACGUUUUCAGUAGUACAGGCUUCUUGCCGAUAUGAAGGGAACUUUUCAGAAAGAGACCUACUCUGGGUCAUUUAAUUUUGAAUACAGUUUUCAAUCGUUCAAGUUUUGGAUGGUUUAUAUCUAAUGUGUGUUUCAUUUUUUUGGAAAGCUAUAUUUUGUAUUUAGGAAAUGGUAUACUAUUUUGCUAUUUGUACUGAGUGAGUACAUUGGCAUAAAUAUAGAAAUUUAUAUAUAUACAUAUAUAUAAACUAUUCUUUUUUUGCCACACAUUUUUGUGGUAAAUUUGUGAGUUUGUCUGAUGUUCUACCACAACGUGGCGUCUGAUAACAGUGAGGGGGGGUGGGUUUGUUAUGUCUUUAUUGAGAUAUUUAAGUACCUUUUGAAACAAAUGACCUGUUCAUCUGUAGCCAUUCCAUCAGGCAGUUCCUUGAUGUUAUUAGUGGGCUAAAGGCAGCUAGCUUAUUGUGUGUUUGCUGGAUCUCAGCAAAAUGUUAAAGAGUAAGGAAACAUAUUGAGGCAGUUGUAUCAAAUGGUGUUUCAUAAGAAUGAGCCAUUCAGUCUUUGCUCACUAUAUAUUUAAUAUUUUAUUAUUGUUAUUGUUAUUAUUAAUUGGCUUUCUGUAUUCUAUGCCUUUUAUUUAUAAAAACACUAAAAAAAUUAUGUUUGUAAUUUUAAUAACAUUUUCCCCAUCUUGUAAUAUCCAGAGCUACUUUAUAAAUUCUCUGAACCAAAAGUAUUUUCCUCAAUAUAUCUCUUUUCCCCAGGUCCCUAUCAGGAGUAAAUCACCAAAUAUAGUUCAGGUUGUGAGAAGGAUCAACCACACAAUCCAGUGCUUGUUUUAAAAUGUAAAACUCUAACCCUAGAGAAUAAUGUCAGAGAAAACAAACCCAGAGGUAUUAAAAGAAUAAAUAGAAAAAUAGUAGUAGUAGAAAUUUUUUAAAAAUGUUUACUUCUCAAUAUUGUGAAUUUUUUUCUGAUAUCAUAUAGGAGACUAAGGAAGUCUAUUUGUUCAUCAAGUUCCCAUUAGAAUGUUGUUAAUACUGUACCAUGGCUAAAGUAGUGGCAAGAAGACUGGCUUGUGUGGUGACUUCAGUCUGUUCUGUGGUUUAGCAAGGGGUUUUAUUCUUAUGCUGAUUGGCAAUGCCAAGUCACUGGGACCAAUUUUCUGUUUUGUAAUAUCUAAGUUUAGAACAGAACAUAAACCUGAACUGUAGUGGUUUGAUUGGAUGAAGGCAGAAACCCCAAUUUUUAUUCUCAUAAAUCUUGUGGUUAUUUAUACAAGGGCUGUGCUAUGCUACCAUAUUCUUAAUCAAUAAUGAUAGUUUUGUUUUGUUUUGUUUUUUACAUUGUUAAAUGUUCCUUACCCCGAAAGGUCAAUGUUAAGUACAACAUUCUGAAUAUAUGAUUUGGUUACAAAGAGUAUUUGUCUUUAUUGAAGAGUUAGCUCAGUGGUUGAUAUGUGUGCUAAUUACUGUUUCCAAAUUACUGUUACAAAUUAGAGCUACACAUGAGGGAGACUCAGUAAGCCAGCUAAGACCUUGGAAACAACAAUUUAUUAAAUUUAUUUAUGGCAGAAGGACCUAAAUAAACUGUGAACCACAUUUUAUUUCUUUGUAUUGGUACAUUGAAUUGUUCUUGCUUUUAGCAAUUCACAUAAAUGCUUGGAGCUUAUCUCUCUCUCUCUCUCUCUCUCUCUCUCUCUCUGUGUGUGUGUUUGUAUGUGUAUUUAAUUCCUUAUUACCAUUCCAUUAUUUAUCCAAACCAAUGGGAAAAAAUAGUUAAUAGUUAUACUUUGCUUCUGAGCUUUAUCAUUAUUACCUUUGUGAUUAGAGUAUCAUGUUAUUUAGUCAGUGCAAGUCUAUUGUCUCCGUAGAACAGGUUUUUAAAGGGCUUUGUUUAUUAUAGAGGGAUCAUCCUUCUCUCCUUCCAUCCUUUCUUCCUUUCUUUUCUUUUCUUUUUUGUAAUAACAUAUGUGCUAUAUAGUCUACAGUUUCAUUACAGUGUAUUUCUUACCCAUCAGAACCUUGGCUAAUCAACCUUGGAAAAAAUACUGUCAAAGGAAAUGAGGAAGAAAUUGUAUCUGUGUCCCUCCAGAACUAUUAUAAUUAUUCUUUUUUUAUUUUUUCAGCCAUUAUAAAUGGUUUGUUUUGGAAAACUGAAAUCUGUUAGAUGCAUCAACAUAUAAGUUCAGAAUAAAAGAUUUAAUAAUUAAAUUCUUAAAUUCAGCAUUGUUAUAAAUAUUUACUAGGAGUGAUCUGUGAAAUUUUUAUUUUUCUGGUGAAAAUUUCUGUUGUGAUAUCUACUUCCUAGUUGAAAAUUACAUGAGACCUGUUACCCUUAUUUUGUAUCUUGAACAUAGGUUUCAUCCUAAUGGCCAUCUUAUCUGUAGGCUUUUGGUUAUUUGGAAGAACUCAGUAAAAGCAAGUGUGUGUAAUUCAGCAGAUACAUUAGAAACUAACUCAGAGCUGAGAUUGUAACCCAGUGGUAGCAGGUAAGAGACCCUGGAUUUGAUCCCCAGCAUCACCAAAAAAAGAAAAAGAACUCAGAGUAUAUACCCUAGUAAGAGGAAUAGUAGACUCUCAUAACAUAUUCAGAAGAGGUUUUCCCUUCUGUCUGUUUGUGACAUUAGAGCUAAAUUGAUUAUAAUGUUCAUAACACAGUAUAUAUCAAAGUAAUAUGUAUCAUUCAUGAGUUGUCUCAGUACUCCAGUUAUUUUUUUUAAUCUCUUUAUUUCAUGCCAUUCUAAACCUUGUUUAUUGAUAAAAUUAUGUUUUUACUUACUAUUACAGGAUAUUUUUACAUUAAUAUUUUAUAUCUAGAUUAAAUGUUUAUGGAAAAGUGCCUUUUUACCUUAAGAGUGCCCCCUUUUUAUAAUAGUAUUUUUCCUUUGCCACAACCAUGUAAAAACCUGACUUUAAUAGGUCCCAACUUUCACUUUUUCCAUUUAGCCAUUCUUUCCUCCAUUUUUUGACCACCAUAGAAAACAACUUCAUAAAUUCCUUUGGCUUAAGAAUAGCAGAAAAGAUGGCAUUACUAGAAUCGAUCUUUUAGGGAGAGUAAAUGAAAGAUGACAGAAUUAUACUCUUUAGGCUUAUAUAAAUUAACUGUAGCACCCCUGGGUCCGUCCAAUCCCCAGUAACAACAACAAAUAUAUAUAUAUAUAUAUAUCUUCAUUCUUCAUAUCAAUCAACUGAUAAUAGUUCUUAUCAGAAAACUAAUGAAAUUUUGUAUAUAGUUAAUUUUCAAGAAGGAACUAUUUAAACAUCUUUUCCUAUCUUAAUUAGAUGAUGAAAUAAAAUCACUAAAACAGAGGUUGGGUAAUGUCAAUUUUCUUAACUAAGCAGCAAAGAAGUUUACUUCUUGCCCAUUAGAACCUCAGUUAUUUGCUUAAGUAAAUUAAUGUCAGAAGAAAUUAUAUAUUGAGUUCCUUCAGACCUAAGAUGAUAAUUUCCUUCCUACAAGAUACACUUGGAGUGUCCUGGUUUUGUUAAUUUUACUUCUGUUUCAGCUCCUUACCAUGGGGUGGUGCUUGAAGAAAGGGCCACAAGCAACAGGUCAGGACAGAAGUACCUCUGGAGUAGAGCUGCUUUCCCCAUGCAGGUAAUUUUGUGACUGUUAGUGGCACUGAAGACUGCAAACCUUUAUGCAGUAUUCUUAAUGCCCUAUUGACAUAAUGCACUUUAAUCAUUCCAAAGAAGCCAAGAAUGCUACAUAGUAAUGAUUCCUUCUUUAUGAAUACAUCUUGAACUAUUUAGAAUACUCUGUCCCUUUUUAUUUUGGAUAGCUGACUUGGUAUGUGGAUAUUUUCUAAAUUGACUUUAUAGUAGGUUUUAAGAUUUUGAAAUGUAACUAUAGGGAGAAAUUACUACACUUUAGCACAUCAUUUUAACCUAUAUAUUUGAGAGUUAAUUAAAACUAAAACUAACCCCCUUCCUGUAUAUUUUGUGUCAUGUAUAUAGGAACAUUUUAGUGUAUAGUUUUCUAUAAGUAUAGUUUAUGUAAACCAGUGGUUCUCAAAAUAUAGUCCUCAGCCCACCAGCUAGCAUCAGUAUCAGCUGGAAGCUAGAUAUCCCAGACAUACUGAAUCAGGAAUUCUGGAAUGAAGCCCAGCAGUCUGUAACAAGCUUGCCUAAUGAUUCUGAUGCACACUGAAAUUUGAGAAUCAGUGGAAAAAACGAUAUCUAGUGAGAGCAAGAAAGUUUAUUUUCCCACUAAUAAAGUUAUACAUUAUUAUUAUUUAUGUAAAUUUAGCCUAACAUGAUUACCUGUAAUCAUUUAUUGGCAAUGAUAAUUCUUAGUUGCCUAUAAAAUACACAUUUUAUGUACAUAUGCAAUUAGUGUAGUAAUUGAUAAUUCAGUUAACUUAGUUUGGCAUUUUCCUACCACUUACCACAAAGUUUACAUUAAAUGACUGAUUUAAAUAUAUAUAGGUGCGGUGUUCUAUGUUUCUUUUUAAUUGUUGACAUUUAAGUAGCUAAAAUAAUUGAUGGGUGCUAAAGUCUUCUGUUUAUCCAUAAAAUGGGUACAUUGUGGGCAGUGUAAUACAAACUUUAUUUUCAUUGCCUCUUACUUUUACCAGCAGACCACAAUUUUUCUCUGGCUAGACCAACUCUCAGAACAAAAUUAUCAUUCCUUGUUAUUAUAUUUGUAUCUGAGAUAGUAAGUAAGAUGGCUGGCCAGAUCAACAUAGCACCUUAUGUAACUUGUAAUAAGUAAAACUUCUUUAAAAGUAGCUUGCUUGGUAUAAGAAUAUUACAUUAAAGAUAUAGCUAUUCUAGAAGCUUAUGCUUCAGUAAGAGUUAUUUACUAAGAUAAAUAUUAAAUAAGAUAACACAUUGUAUAAUUUGGGCAUUUCUCCCUUCCCAGUUGUAUGAAUCAUGUUAAAUAUAAACUAACCACAAGAUAAAUAGAUUUAUUCAUUUUUAUUUCCUUGUGUAAUUCAGUACCUCCAUAAUUACUCUAAACUCACUGUUUACAAAUCACCAAUUAAUUAAUUCCUGAAACAAAAAUUAACUUUUCAGUAUAAAACUAAAUGUAUAUUCACUUCUAAAAUUCGCCACUGCUGUCUUUCCAUAACAGUAGCAGUGGAAAUGAAGUGGCUUACUCUAUACAUGGUGCUGGCAAAUACAUAGGCAAACUGUUGGGAGAUGCUCUAGUUACAUUCCUCCUUUUUUAUUCCUCACCUUAUUGCAUAAUGUAUUCCUGUACCCAAAGCAUUCUACCACAAUUCUGUUCAACCCCAAUUUGUGAUACAUCCUUUAAAAAUUCUAUUUAACCAUAUCAUCCCACUUGCUCACUCACAUCAGUUCACACACAUACACACACACACACACACACACACACAACCCACGCAUAAGUCAUUGCCUGGUUUUAGGGACUGCUUGUUGCUGCUUCUUACUUUAGCUAAUGAACCUCAGGACAACACACACAUGCACGCACGCACACACACAGAUCUCAGAUAUUUGAAGGUGGAUUUGGAAUCAUAUUUCUGUGUCCAAUAAAGAACUGUCCUGCACUGAAAUCAUUGUGACCUUACUGAUUAUAAACCAAUUCAAAUGAACUUGAGCUAAUUUCUUUUGAUCUAAUGAAUGUAUCUGCUCACCUCAUUUCCUUACAUCUAAUGAUAAGCUCCAAGUGGUUGCUACUUUUUGCACAACUUUUACUGAGUUUCAUUCACUUCUUAGUCUCUUAAUAAAUGUACUACAAAUAUUUCAAUAAUUUGUUCUGAAGUGGUUUAGCUACCAUUCUGCCAUUAAAAUUUUUAAUUGUAUUUGCUUGAGCACACUGAUCAACCACUGAACUGCCUUCUUCCAUUGUCCUGCAAUGAUAUAAAGGUUACAUUUUUGUGUAUAUGGCUUUCAUAGUUGGGAUUUCAGAGCACUGACACCAGAUAUUUUCAGUUUGUUCUCUGGGGGAAUUUCAUUUGCAUCUGCGUUUUUAGCUAUCUGUGAUAACUUGUUAAAUAUUAAAAAGAUAUUUUGCUUCUAUUGGAACAUUUGUAUACUCGCAACUAUAUUUCUGUAAACAGCUGCAGUCAAAAAUAAAAAAUGAAAGUUUUCAUUUUGCA